AUGACAGCUUUGCAUCGUGCAUUAUAUACAUGGUUUAAUCUUUUGAGUUUUCUGGUUCUGGUUGCCUUGAGGCUCGAUCAGAGGAUACUAUGGAAUUGGUUUAUUAUUUUUAUUCCACUGUGGUUGUUUGAUCUCAUAGUUUCAGUUAAUAUUAUUAUUAAUAUCAUCACUCUUUUUAAAAAUGGACGUAUUGAUCAUUUACCCCGGGAAAUGUGGUAUACGUCAGUUAUGCUCAUGAAAAUAAGUGCCCAAAUUUUAAUAUGUUUGAAAAUAGAAGCACCACAUUGGUUUUUACCAGCAAAACUUGUUUUGGGACCAUUUUGGAUUCUUCUUCCAGCAUUGGCAGUUGAUGUCUUUAUAAAUUUGAUGCAUCAUUUUCGAUAUUAA